UAUCGCUCUUCUCUUCCAUUUUGAAAGAAUGUUAUUGCAGAUAACAUUCUUUCCCUUUUCGUUUUUUUUUUCUUUUCGUUGGGGAGUCACUUGCUCUCUGAACUCGAAUAAACAUAGUUAUUCUCCUUGAGACCCUCCUUGUCCUUGAUGGUGGAUUUGAUUUGGAUAUAGAAAGCUCACAUUUUGGUGCCGUGACCCGGGAUCUUUUUUGCUUACAGUUAUCCAAAUCUAAGUCACCGCCGUCAUAUGUCCGCUAGCGACGACGAAAGUCCGCCAAAACAAUUACUUGAACCACUUACACGAUUUAUACCUCCACCAACUUCCUCAUCUUUGAUUUCAAUGGUCACUACUAUUCCUGCAACCACUAAAAAACCUUCUCAAAUUACCUUCACUUCUCGUGAUGAGGAAAUUGAAUAUACACGUAAACUUUUACAAUAUUGCUCAGUUUUCAAUGCCUACCCUGAAACGGAUCAUCCAUUUAUUAUUCGUGAUCUAUUAAUUGAUGAUGCUCUUGAUUAUUAUCUUGCUCAUGAAGAUCUCAUCUACAAUUUUUAUGGUCUUCGAAAACUCUUUCUACGUAAACAUAAUCUACUUGAUUCUCUUCGUACCGUGUCCACACUUGAUUCUGUGGGAUCGUUGACUCUCAACGAUAUUCCAUCAGCAUUGGCUUCUACUCAACUUGCCUCCGAGCCUGCUGCUGCUGCACCAACGUCUCAAACAACAUUUUCUUUAAAUCAAUCGAUUGAUGAUUUGACUCAGAAUGAUAUUCGCAAAACCAUCAUCGAGGAUCUCCAACGGAACAGAGACCGGCGGUAUGCGGUAUGA